AUGAUUGGAACCCCAAAGACUCAAGAAGGAGCUAAAGAUCUUGAAGUAGACAUGAAUAAAACACAAGUUACUCCCAGGCUGUGGACCACCUGUCGAGAUGGAGAAGUCCUUCUGAGGCUAUCCAAACAUGGACCGGGCCAUGAGACCCCGAUGACUAUCCCUGAAUUUUUUCGAGAGUCAGUCAACCGAUUUGGAAUUUAUCCAGCCCUUGCAUCCCUGAACGGCAAAAAAUGGGAAGUUCUGAAUUUCAACCAGUACUACGAGGCUUGUCGGAAGGCUGCAAAAUCCUUGAUCAAGCUGGGCUUGGAGCGUUUCCACGGAGUUGGCAUACUGGGGUUCAACUCUGCGGAGUGGUUUAUCACUGCUGUUGGCGCCAUCCUAGCCGGGGGUCUCUGUGUUGGUAUUUAUGCCACCAACUCUGCCGAGGCUUGUCAGUAUGUCAUCACUCAUGCCAAAGUGAACAUCUUGCUGGUUGAGAAUGAUCAACAGUUACAGAAAAUCCUUUCGAUUCCACAGAGCAGCCUGGAGCCCCUAAAAGCCAUCAUCCAGUACAGACUGCCAAUGAAGGAGAACAACAACUUGUACUCUUGGGAUGAUUUCAUGGAACUUGGCGGAAGCAUUGCUGACACCCAACUGGAGCAGGUCAUCGCCAGCCAGAAGGCGAAUCAAUGUGCAGUGCUCAUCUACACUUCUGGGACCACAGGCAUGCCCAAGGGAGUGAUGCUCAGUCAUGACAACAUCACGUGGAUGGCAGGAGCAGUGGCAAAGGACUUUAAACUGACAGAAAAGCAUGAGACGGUGGUCAGCUACCUCCCACUCAGCCACAUUGCAGCACAGAUGUUGGACAUCUGGGUACCCAUAAAGAUUGGGGCGCUCACAUACUUUGCUCAAGCAGAUGCUCUCAAGGGCACCUUGGUAAAUACUCUACGGAAGGUAAAACCCACUAUCUUCAUGGGAGUGCCCCAGAUUUGGGAGAAGAUACAUGAGACAGUGAAGAAAAAGAGUGCCAAGUCCACAGGCUUGAAGAAGAAGGUGUUCGUGUGGGCAAGAAACACUGGCUUCAAGGUCAACUCAAAAAAGAUGUUGGGGAAAUAUAAUACUCCCAUGAGCUACCGCGUGGCUACGACUCUCGUGUUCAGCAAAGUCAAGACGUCCCUUGGCUUGGAUCACUGUCACUCUUUCAUCAGUGGGGCUGUGCCUCUCAACCAAGAGACUGCCGAGUUCUUUCUAAGCUUGGACAUACCUAUAGGCGAGUUGUAUGGGUUGAGUGAAAGCUCGGGACCCCACACAAUAUCCAACCAGAAUAACUACAGGCUUCUAAGCUGUGGUAAGAUCUUGACUGGGUGCAAGAAUAUGCUGUUCCAGCAGAACAAGGAUGGUAUUGGGGAGAUCUGCCUCUGGGGUAGGCACAUCUUCAUGGGCUACCUGGAAAGUGAGACUGAAACUACAGAGGCCAUCGAUGAUGAAGGCUGGCUACAUUCUGGGGAUCUGGGCCAGCUGGACAGUCUGGGAUUCCUCUAUGUCACUGGCCGCAUCAAAGAAAUCCUUAUCACUGCUGGUGGUGAAAACGUGCCCCCCAUUCCCGUUGAGACCUUGGUUAAGAGGAAGAUCCCCAUCAUCAGUAAUGCCAUGUUAGUAGGAGAUAAACUGAAGUUUCUGAGCAUGUUGCUGACGCUGAAGUGUGAGAUGAAUCAGAUGAGCGGAGAACCUCUGGACAAGCUGAACUUGGAGGCCAUCAACUUCUGCCGGGGUCUGGGCAGCCAGGCAUCCACCGUGACUGAGAUUGUGAAGCAGCAAGACCCCCUGGUCUACAAGGCCAUCCAGCAAGGCAUCAAUGCCGUGAACCAGGAAGCCAUGAACAAUGCACAGAAGAUUCAAAAGUGGGUCAUCUUGGAGAAGGACUUUUCCAUCUAUGGUGGAGAGCUAGGUCCAACGAUGAAACUUAAGAGACAUUUUGUAGCCCAGAAAUACAAAAAACAAAUUGAUCUCAUGUACCACUGACUGCUUUGAUGGAGCUGCUGUCAGCUGUUCUGAUG